UUUCAUAUUCACAAGGAGGUGGUUCAGGACUAUUCAAUCUAUUCUGCGCCCUUGUCAGACAAAUCUCAUACAAUUGCGGCGUUAUAUUCAAUUCAUUUCCAAUAGCCAACCUCCACACUUUGCCUCUAACACUUGAAGGCAAACCUUGCCACCAAAGCUCUUGGGUCUUUUUGUUUUUCUCCAUUCGAGUCCAAUUUGGCAGAACCAACUGAGAAAAAUGCCUAGCGGCGUUGGCCUGUUGUUCUUCAAGCUGCAGCUGCAACUUUUUCUGCUUCUCUUUAGCUGCUGUACUUUUGGCUUCUUUUUUUUUGGCCGCGGCCAAAAUUUCGUUGUACUCUUGGGCGUGCUUUUGUUCUUCUUCAAACGUCUUGGCUGGCAGGGAGGAGGGCCGUUUUAGUUGAAUUAGGGCUGAGGAGCUGGCGACAGUGUGCAAUGGCGAAUUGUCACCUUGAGAGGGGGUUUUUGUGAAUAUUUUCCAAACGCUGCUUCCAGAGUUUUCAGGGUUGUUGUUUGAUUUCCAUGAAAAUACAUUUCUGGAACAAAGAUAAAAAUUUUAAAAAAAGUAUUCUCUUAUACAGGGUGUCCCAAUAGAAAGUGACCGAUUGUAAAUGCUUAUAACUCCUAAACCAGGUGCGCUAGCUACCUGCGAUUUGCACCAUUCGACUUCUCUUGGCCUAAAGUUUUUUUUCAGUUAGUUGGAAAUUUUUUUCACACCUAUAUAGGGCGAGUAAAAAAAUGCCGUUUUUCAACAUCGAAAUUCUCCACUAUUUUUUAUUGAAACACCAUAUAUGUUGCAACGCCAAAAUUAAGAGUCGUGUACAAGGUAUUGAUGUACCAAUAAACAUCGGGCAUGGAACUUGAAGUUUUAGCCCUAAACAAUUGAAAUAGAAAUCUGGCCCAAAAAUAAAUGCAUUUUUUUAGGUUCAAAAAACGCCGACGUUUAUUGGCAAAUGAAUACCUUGGACACGACUCUUAAUUUUGGCGUUGCAACAUACAGCGUGUUCUAUUAUAAAUAGUGCAGAAUUUCAAUGUUGAAAAACGGCAUUUUUUUUACUCGCCCUGUAUAGGUGUGAAAAAAAUUUGCAGCUAACUGAAAAAAAACUUUAGGCCAAGAAAAGUCGAAUGGCGCAAAUCGCAGCUAGCUAGCACACCUGGUUUAAAAGUUAUAAGCAUUUAAAAUAGGUCACUUUUUAUUGGGACACCCUGUAUAUCCUGUUCACAAUCCGAUAUCCACAGGUACAGGUAAAUUUAUCACCUUUCCCUAUCAAAAAGCAUUGAAAGGUGAUAAAUUUGGCUCCGGUACACUUUACGGACACACAAAUUUUGCAAAAUUUUAAAUUGCAUUAGAAAGAGGGUCUUAUAUAGAGUCUUAAAAAAAAAAAUGCGGAUUAUCCAGUAGUUUUUGAGAAAUCCUCGGAGAAAUCAAUCAUUUCCACUCUGUGUUGAGUUGAUACUUGUUCACGUUAAACUACCUAUAUUCUUUAUACAUUUUUUUCGUGAAAUAAGUGAGCAAUCUAAAAAAAAAAAAAAUUAAAUUUUAAGGUGUUUAUUUAAAAAAGGGGUUUUCACGUUUUUGGAGGAUUUAAGGGCCCCACACACUACAAUGAAACAUGACGGUUUUCAUCGCCAUGAUGAAACACGUCGUUGCAAAACCGAAGUGUGUGGUAAAAAAACCAUCGUGUUUUUCUACCACACACUUUUUGGUUAGUUCCGUUACAGUUCAUUUAAUACUGGGUAUAAGUGUACUGGACUACUGGUUAAUAACAAAGCCGCGCUGUUGUUUUUCUAAAUUCAAUACAUGUAAGGACUAAUACGCAUUACGUGGACGGGUUAGUUUGAGCUAGUUUGCAUAUUUUUGGUUAGUUUCAUUAUAGUUUAUUUAAUACUGGGUAUAAGUGUACUGGACUACUGGUUAAUAACAAAGCUCGCAAAGCGCGCUGUUUUUUUUUUCUAAAGUCAAUACAUGCAAGGACUAGUACGCAUUACGUGGACGGGUUAGUAUGGGCUAGUUUGCAUAUUUAUGGUUAGUUUCGUUGCAGUUCAUUUAAUACUGGUUAUAAGUGUACUGGACUACUGGUUAAUAACAAAGCACACGCUUUUUUUUCUAAAUUCAAUAUUUACAUGCAAGGACUAGCACCCAUUACAUGGAUGGGUUAGUUUCGGUUAGUUCGCAUAUUUUUGUUUAGUUUCGUUACAGUUCGUUUAUUACUGGUCAAAGUGUACUGGUUGAUAACAAAGCACGCUGAUAGUGACCGAUAGUAGGGAAUUUUCGUAGUUGAUUUUUGGAAAGGUGGGCCAAAUCGUCAAUUUUAAAUAUAAUUUUCUGAUGGAAAAUGUGCAUUUUCCGCAUUUAUUUCCAUCAAAGGUCGGGAAGAGGCGUUUUUUGAAUAGUUUCGAAAAUAGAAACUGUGUAUUUCUGUGAGAAAAUUUUUCCUUUUUUACAUUCAGAAAAAUGUUUACAAUGCAAAGGAAUAUCAAUUUUUCACGUAAUUGAUUUCAACUAUUCUAAAGACUGAAAACAGCUUAUUUCCGCAGCAAAAUUUUUGUGUUUGUAUGUUCAAAAAAAUGUUGAAAAUGAAAACAAACAAAAAUUUUUCACAUAACUGAUUUCAGGUAUUCUAAAGUCUGGAAAAUAAAAAUGAAGCUGAUUUCUGCUAAACGAAAGUUUACCCCACGUCAUUCCAAAAUCGAAGUGUGUGGUAGAAAAACACGACAGUUUUCUACCACACACUUCGGUUUUUGGAACGACGUGUUUCAUCGUGGCAAUGAAAACCGUCGUAUUUCAUCGUAGUGUAUGGGGCCCUUAAGAGUUUUCCAGUUUUUGGUGGGUAUAUACAUUUCCGAGGAUUAUCUCUUUGAGAUUUGGCGAGCGGAGCAAUCCAAGAAAAAAAAAUAAUUUAAAUUUCAAGGCGUUAUAUUUACAAAAGGGUUUCCCACAUUUUUGGUGGAUUUACGUUUCUGAGGAUCUUCUCUUUGAAACUUGGCGAGCGGAGCGAGCAAUGGAGAACUCAUAAAUAAUUUAAAAUUCAAGGUGUUAUUUUUAAAAAAAGGGUCUUUCUGGUUUUUGGUGAAUUUACGUUUUCAAGGAUAUUCUCUUUGAGAUCCGGCAAACGGAGCGAUAACAUCAUGUUUUUUUUUUUAAAUACUGGAUGAUCCGCAUUUUUUAUUUUUUCAAUAAACUAGUUAAGUACCCUCUUUCCGAUAAAAUUAAGAAAAAAGCAAAUUUUGUGUGUCUGUGAAGUGUACCGGCACCAAUAAAUUUUACCUGUACCUGUGGAUAUCGGAUUGUGAACGGAUAAUCCGCGUGAGGCUAAAUUCAGCUGGUGUAGACAUUGUGGUGGAAUGGUAGAACAAGCAGUGUUGUUUAAUUAACCAGGAUUUGACAAACUGUGGCUUGGCAUUGACAUUAGUGAAUUUUAAUCACCGCAUUCGUGGCAGUGCACCAUUUUGGUGAAUUUAACAACACGCGGAAUAUGAUGAGAAAUUCACCUGGUAAAAAAUUGUGUCAAACUUUUUCGUCUUGUCUUAUCUUCGUGACAUUCAUCUCCAAAAUUAGACAAAGAUCUAUCUUCACUCCCAAUUAAACUUCCUGAAGUUGAAGGUUCGCUAAUAGUUGAAAUUGUGCUUGAAAAUGAACCGUCUUGUAUCCUCCUGUGACCAUAUUUCUUUGUGGGACUAGAAUUUACAUACAAAUUGUUGUCGCAAUCCUUUUUGUCAUGCUGAUAUUCUUGUUCAUUUUUCAGGUCUUCGACUAGAUGUAGUUUUCGAGUGACUGGACUAUAAGCUAAUGAUAUGUUUUUUAAUGCUUCGUUUAAUGUUAAUUUGUUGCUGAGUUGGUUGGGUUCCACACCGUUUUGAGUAUUUUGAUUGUUGUUCUCCUGGGUUUUUGGAUGUUCUGGGCUUGAGUCUAUACUUUUUACCUUAAAAUUAUUAUGAUUAUUUGUAGGAAAUUUGAGUUAUGAUUUAACCAACCUUGUCGCAUCUUUCUGGCCAAGUAUUGAACCAAAUAUCCCCAGUGGGUGACCCCAAAGGGGUUUCUUUGGGGCUUGCACUUGUAAUGCUUCCUUUGCCUUCAUUUCCAUUAACUGGGGAUUUAAAUAUUAGAUUUUCAUUUGAAAGAUCUUCUGUGCUUUUGGACAAAACACUUUUGUAGCCGUUUUUCUUUCUCAAAUUCAAUUUAAAGCCGUUUUUUAGUAUAUUUUUGGAUUUUUGGGCGUUUGUAGGUUCGAUCAGUUGCUCCCCUAGCGUGUUCGAGCGACUAUUUUGUUCUGUCAUGUUGCCUCCAGUAAAUGGGGGAGGUUUCUGUUAUAAGGGCUGAAAACAACAUUUAUUUUUGGCUCGUGAAACUUAUCAAAUAAAUAAAUUAUAAAUAAAAUAUCACAACAAUACAUAGAAAGACGCCAUUUUGAAUUAUUAUGACAAAAAUAUUCUGACAGUUGUUGCGGUGUUGCUGGCUCAAUUUUUUUAAGUGUAGCUCUAGAGCAGCUCGAACAGACAUUUUUUAACGAGUGUCAACAGACUGUUGUACUGGUUCGCAAUAUUAUAACCCCUAAUACGUUAGAAAGCAAUAUCCGAACAUAACCCAAACGGCUGGAGUGCGAAUGGAGUCACUUGGAGUGAACAAGCCGAACCCACCUCUUGUGAGAACAACCAAUAAUUGUUUUUCUUUUAAGAGUUUAGAACACUAGAGCUACUCGCUCCAGUGUAAAUCCACCCAGAUUCGAUUUGAAAGGAACAGAUGCGCUGGCUUUCGUGCAUUUGAAUGGUUUGAUUCGAACUUGCGCACUUCAAGUGUAACAAACACUUUUCGAAAGGAAUAAGCGCGUAAUGCCCCGGAGCUAUUCUAGAGCGCUUAGGUGUGAGAGGAAUACAACUAUUAUGAAUAACCGAGCAUACUUUGCGUUCGGUAUUUUGCUCAAAGAGCAGAGCGUGUUGGCGGAGCCGUAAUCACGUGACCAGUGAGCGAACAGAGCAGUUAAACGUUGUAUCAGAGUGCCAGAAAUUUUAAUAAACAAACUCGAAUGAGCCUGCAUCAAGUACACUUUUUGAAUAAACGAACGGUAAAUAAAUUCAUACUCAGAGGACUCAGAUCAAAAUAUCAAACGCAUGGAUAACCUUCCCGAAGUUUGACGUGUGGUUUAUGCGUUCAAAACAUCAGUGCCGCUUUCGGGUGCAAAGUGCGAAGCUCCUAGAACACUUCACACCUGCAGGAGCGCUCGAGAGGUGACACCCGAAAGUAGCUCAGAGCAGUGCAACGAACCGAACAGAGUUGGAGCAAAUAAAUUGGUAAUCCGACUUCUCCACAUUGGCAACACUGAGUGACAAUCUGACAAAUAAUAAACGUCCGUCAGGUCAACUGUCAAAAAUUGCAUAACCAGUCUAGCAAUUUUUUGGGGCUCCGUUUUCCAAAUAAAAAUCACUAUAAAAUAAUAGAGUAUGGCCUCAAAAAGGAUCGCUCAAAGUGCCAUCAACUGGUCCGCUAUCGCCGAAAGAGUGCCCGAGCACCAGCGAUCCAACUUCUUGGCGUUCAAAGCAAAAUCCGAUGGAUACCUUCGCAGAGUCACUUCUCAACCCGAGAAACCUCCAGCGAUCAAUUGGGACUUUUACAAACAAAAAGUGCCAAUCGCUGGCAUGGUAGAUGAGUUCCAAAAGAAAUACUCUGCCUUGAGCAUUCCUUUCCCACCGGACACUGUCAGCCCUCAAAUCGACAGCCAGGAAAAGGAAAUUAAAGCCGAAAUCGAAAAAUUCAAAGCAGAAUCUAAUGCUAAUAUUGCAGAAUACAAAAAGCAGAUAGCUCAUAUUGCAUCUCUGCUUCCUUACGAUCAAAUGACUUUGGAAGAUUAUAGGGACGCUCAUCCAGAAGACGCUCUGGACCCUAUUAACAGGCCAACUUUCUGGCCUCACAAUCCGGAAGAACAGCCAGGCUACAAAGAAGAACAGGCACCUGCAGCCCAACAUUAAGUUGUGGAUUUACAGCAGAAAAAAUUAUAGUGCUGUUUUUUAGUGUUGUUUAAUUAUUAUUAUGAAAUAAAAUACAUAUUGAUUUACACUUUAUCUGG